CUUGAAGUGAACUUCCGCUGUGAAAUCAACAUGUUGGUCUGAAAUUGAUUAAUCCGACCAGAGAAGUGUAUGACACAGUCCAUGUAACGAGAAAACAGUGACUAUUUUGAAGCAGCAUCGUUACUCCUUAAACAGGGUUAGUUUCAACAUGGAAGUCAUCAAGAGGAGAAUCAACCUGGAUGAGCCUCGCUUUGACCAGGGCUCGUACAGUGGCAGGGCCAAACACUUCUUCAUCACCACCAACCCCCUGAACCUGUUCGUGUCUGGGAGGCAGCUCGAUGAUGCCAAGGAGGUCGUGGACAGAUGCAAACGAGGAGAUCCUUUGUCGAACUUGAGUGAUGAUGAGAUAUGGAAAGCCAAACAGUUGUAUGACUCCGCCUUCCAUCCCGACACAGGGGAGAAGAUGUUUAUCCUCGGACGUAUGUCGGCUCAAGUCCCGAUGAACAUGUCAAUAACAGGCUGCAUGAUGACGUUCUACAAAACGACUCCAGCAGUGCUGUUUUGGCAAUGGUUCAACCAGUCGUUCAACGCCAUUGUCAACUACACCAACAGGAGCGGCGACUCUCCGAUAUCACCCAAGCAUCUGGGCAUCUCGUAUAUGCUGGCCACUGGCGGAGCGGUCACAACAGCGCUGACGCUCAACAGUAUGGUGAAGAAAUUCCCUCCUCUGAUUGGACGGUUUGUGCCCUUUGCUGCUGUUGCCUCGGCCAACUGCAUCAAUAUCCCCUGCAUGAGGAGCAAGGAGCUAAUGAAUGGAAUCCCAAUAUUAGAUGAGAACGGGAACCGUGUGGGGACGUCCACACGAGCUGCAACGUCUGCUAUAUCCCAGGUGGUCGUGUCCAGAGUGAUGAUGGCCACACCAGGAAUGUUGAUUCCACCAUUUAUUAUGAAUCAUCUAGAUAAGAAAGAAUUUCUCAGGAGAAUGCCAUGGUUGAAUGCACCCAUACAAGUGAUGCUUAUAGGAUUUUUCCUUGUAUUUGCCACCCCUCUAUGUUGUGCACUAUUUCCUCAGAAAAGUUCCAUGGCAGUGAGCAGUCUAGAACCGGAAAUCCGUGACAAACUGUUGGCUCUACCCUCGCCACCAGCUAGGGUCUACUUCAACAAGGGCUUGUAAACAUGGCAGUAUGUUGACAUCGGGCCAUGCUACACACCUCGUCAACACUCAUGGCUUGGUACACUAAAUGUUCCUCCGUUACCCGUUAAUACAGUCAGCUCUGUGGUGUAAUAGUGACAUAUGUCUAUUUUUAGUCUGGUGAGGUGAGUGAGUGAGUGAAUAUGUUUUACGCCACUUUAAGCAAUAUUGCAGCGUUGUCACGGCUUCACACAUUGUACCCAUGUCAGGAAUCAAAACCGUGUCUUCGGUGUGACGACAAAC